AUGCGUCUGCUUAAGCUCUUCUCGCUCCUCUUGCUGCUCCUUGCGAGCCUCGAGCUCUGCUCGGGAGCCACUGUCGAUACAGCUCCCGGCUCUCACGCCGUCGGGUCUGGCGGAGGCGGCGCAGGCGGCGGCGGGAAGCGUCCGCCAGGAGGGCGGGGCGAUCAGAAAGCGCAGCUAUUUCACUACAACGAGCGCAUGAAUGCGAUGGGGCUGUUGUGGCAAUACAUCGCUACCCUCCUGGAUAAGCGCAUCUCGGAUGCCACUGCCCUCCGCCGCAUCCAGGGAGCUCUGCAGGAGAUCAUGCGCAACGGCGGCACCUUUUCCGGCUACCUCAGACUGGCCUCUGGGACUUCUGAAGCCUUUCAGAUCACUCAUGCUCCUCCCGCUCGCAAGAACGGCGCCGGCCGCACGGCUACCAUCUUCGAAUACCUCUUUUGGUCCCGAGAGGCUUCCGCGGUGAAAAACUUGGCGGCGGCUCAGAGCUUCCUCUGGAAGCGCAUGGUGUCGGGGAAGGGCAUACCACACGACUCUUACUUGCCCUCACUGCUCUUCAUGGGUGCGAAAGGGCUCCACAGGUACUCUCGCCGCGCCGAGGACGGCUCGGCCGAUCAGGCCUGCUCUGAGUGCAUCAAGAACCCGGGCAUGUGGGAUAGUUGUGGCCAGCUGUUCAAUGACGAGGAACAGCUACUGUUCGACGGAGCUUGUGUGCCAUGCUGGUCUAAGGGCAAGGAGAAACUCUGCUCUAUGUAUAGAGGUGCGGGUCCUGUGAAGACGAGGGAGUCUCGGCAUCAGGAAGGGAAGGAGGCUGUCAGGGCGAUCGGCAGAGAACGCGCUGCGGCAGCGGCGGCAGCUGGCCCUUCCUCCGAGUUCGAUUUGGCGACGCUCGUCGACCGCAUCAGCCGUGCAGUCCCGCGGGACCCGAGCCUCUUUCGGUCAAAGCAUCAGCGCACUGACUCCGCGAUGUCCGGCGUUAAGCAGACAGGCCCUAGUGCGCGCUCCAGGCCCAGUUCGGUGCGCUCUCAGCACUCUCAGCACUGCCAACGUUCUGGUGCUUCUCCUGGGCUAGGGCGGCUCACGCUUUCGCCGCAGGAUCCGCUGUCUCCUCGGGGCCCUGUCCCUUUCCGAGGGCCUUUCGCGCCUACCCACCUGGAAGGGCUCCAUAGGCGAGAGCGGGAGGCGCGGGCUAGGCCUGUUGUUGCGGCGGAGGAUGAUGACGACGAGGAGUCGGAGUUUGAGGGCUUCCCGGAUGAUACUGAGGACCUUUCGGGGCCUGUAGCAUCUGUUUCUACGUGGCUUUCCAGCGCCACAAGCGGUUUUAACGGUUCCGAGAAUUCCUCAGUCAUCUCUACGUCUUCAUUUAGGGAGGCUGCUUCCUCUCCCAGCUACGGUGGUUCAUUCAUUGCCAUGGUCACCGAUGCGGUAUCGGGUUCUCCGACUUCAGGCAUCGCCCCCUCACCAACACCUUCCAUUCUAGGGCUUCCACCGCUAUCCUCCGCAGUUCCAGCUACUUCUAGAGGAUCUUGA